CCGCCGCUUCUCUCCGUGGACUUUUCUGCUCUGCUCUUGGCACCCGCAGCGGGGGUCGCGGGCUGGACUUUGCUUAGUAAAACAUGAGGUUCCUUUCGACGCAGUGGUUUGGAGGACAGCUGUUUAUAUGACAGUAUUUCCAUUUGCUGUUACUAUUUUGAGGUCAUUCAACUGGCUUUUUUACUGCUCCAAAAUCAGCUUUUUCUCCAAAUUUCAGUUUUGUGGACAAAGUUUAUGUGAGAUGGAAAAUUUUCGAGGGAUAGCAGAGGAGUCAUUUCCAAGCUUUUUAACUAAUUCAUUACUUGGUAAUAGUGGGACUUUAGAAAAUGUCACUCUUUCUUCAAAUCUUGGCUUGCCUGUUGCUGUUUCCACGCUUGCUAGAAAUAGAUCCAGCACUGAUGACAGGUAUCCUGAUAUCCAGGCAUCUUACUUAGUAGAAGGGAGGUUUUCAGUUCCAGCUGGAUCAUCUCCCAGCAGCCAGAGUGGUGCUGAACCAGAGAGGUUACAGCUUAGCUUCCAAGAUGAUGAUUCUAUCUGUAGGAAAAGGAACUACAUGGAAAGUCAGCAUUUGUCAAAUGCUCUCAUAAAGCAGUCAGCUAUUCAAAGUGAUAAAGCAAGACCAGAGGAAGAGCAAGCUAAACCUACAGAAUCCUUUCAGGACCAGGAUCUUUUUGAUAGGACUUCACCACUGGAACAAGUACAAGACUCACCUAUUGAUUAUCGUUUACGAUCGUGGAUGAAUAAGCAACACAAGAUCGUUGUACUUGAUGGUGGAAAACAUUUUGAAGACGAUAUUCCAAACAGUGACUUAAGCCACACUAGCUUAUUAGAAAAUGAGAAACUUAUGUUACCGACAAGCUUGGAAGAUUCUUCUGAUGAUGAUGAUAUUGAUGAUGAAAUGUUUUAUGAUGAUCAUUUGGUAGCUUAUUUUGAACAACUGGCAAUGCCAGGAAUGAUAUAUGAAGACCUAGAAGGACAAGAACCUCCAGAAAAAGAUUUUAAAUUACCUAUCAGUGAUCUCACUCAGGCAAAUGAAAAUAGUAGCUUAAACUGUCAAUUUCAGUCAGAAAAUAACAGCUGUCUGAUUUCCCAUGGCUCACACUCUUUGGGAACUUCUGAAACGACUCACAAAGAGUCUGAGGAAGGCCAAGUUGUCUGUCUACCUGGGGCUGAUAAUUCUAUAGGUACUGAAGAUAGUAGAAGGCAUAUAGAUGGUGUCUUACCAUUUUCCUCUAGCACUUGGAGAACUGAGAAAGAAAAGGUAGAAAAUUUGAAGGGUAUUGUCCCAGAUCUUAGCAGAGAAAGUGCAAGAGAAGGUGUUUUUGUAAAGAUUCUCAGCACCACCAAUGGGAAACUUAGCCCUGUUCAUUUUCAUGACACGAAUGUCAAUAAAGGUGGUUUUGACCUAACUGACCCCAUAAAACAAGGGGCAGAGUCUCCUCAUCAAAGUAAGCAUUUAGCAUCAGAUUCAGAAACAGUUUUGCAUGAGAAUGGAUGUUUACACACUGAGACUCCUACAGUGUCCGUUCAAAAAAAUGUGGACAUAGCAUCUUUGAAGCCUAUUUAUGACAAAGAGAUUAAUUCCAGUGAUAUUCGCUGGUCACCAACUUGUGAAAGGCGAACAUGUGAAUGUCAUGAUUCCAUUGAGAAGAGUAAAGACAAAACAGAUCUCCCACAGAGUGUGGUCUAUCAAAAUGAAGAGGGCAGAUGGGUCACUGACCUUGCCUACUAUACAUCUUUUAAUAAUGAACAAGAUUUAAAUAUGUCUUUAAUUGAUGAGGUGAAUGAAGACUUCAGAUCUGGUUCUGAAGCAUUUGAUUUGAUAGCACAAGAUGAAGAAGAAUUUAAUAAAGAGCAUCAGUUUAUACAGGAAGAAAAUGUAGAUGCUCAGAACACUUCGAUUACACUAGGGGAUACAUCCUGGGGAGCUUCAGUUAAUUAUAAUCUUAGCACAUCAGAUUUGGACAAAGACGAUGCCAGUUAUUUACGUCUGUCUUUAGGAGAGUUCUUUGCUCAAAGAUCUGAAGCUCUUGGUUGCCUUGGUGGUGGUAACAAUGUAAAAAGACCAUCAUUUGGUUAUUUUAUUAGAUCACCAGAGAGGAGAGAACCUGUUGCUUUAAUAAGAAAAUCUGAUGUAUCAAGAAGUAAUUUGGAAAGAGAAAUGGGUCAUCUUAACCAUGUUCGGUUUUCAGGAGAUUUAAAUGAACAGUCCCAGCCACAACUAAGUGAAGGAUCAGAUACACUUCAGGUUGAAGCAGCAGAGAGUAUUACACAAGUGGGUGAAAAUGAUGUGACCUUAACUGUGGAUAAAGGCAAAACAGAGGACACUUUCUUCAUGAACAAUGAACCCCAAAGUUACAAAGACAAGCUACCUGAUAGUAGUGAUUCUGUACUUAGAAUAAGCACCAUUGCUUCAGCCAUUGCAGAUGCAUCAGUUAGUACUGAUCCUUCCCAACUUGCUGCCAUGAUCAAGGCUCUUUCAAAUAAAAGUAGAGACAAGACUUUUCAAGAAGAUGACAAACAAAAGCACUGUUCCAUUGUGUCUCAUUUCUUACCUAAUGAUUUAGAAAAAAGUAAUGGGUCCAGUACAUUUGAUAUGGAGAAAUACCUUAAAAAAACAGAAGUUAGUAGAUAUGAAGGAGGAUUGGAAAACUUUUCAAGAGCUGGGAUUUCUGAUAUUUGGGAUUUAUCUUUGCCAAAAGAACAAACCACUCAAGACAUCCAUAUAGUGGACUUAGGUGCUACUAAUAUAAGUGUAAGAGAACCAAAAGAAAACACAGCAGCUAUCUUUUAUGGCGAAAAUGGAGAGUGUGAGAACCAAGAAUCAUUAACAACAGUAACCUCUUCACAUUCAGUUGUUACAAAUAUAAGAGAGAAUGAAAAUGCAGUAGUUGAUGUGAAGACAUCUUCCACUGACAGCAAAUUCCCAGAUACUGUUAACAGUGAAAAAGCUACCUCAGUUUCCCCUCCACCAUCUAGUAGUUACUCAUCAGUAAGGAACCCCAGAAUAACAUCCCUUUGGCUGUGUGAAGAGUGUGAAGAAAUACAGGAUAGUAGAGAAAAUCAGAAGCAAAAUGAGUAUGUUACUGAAACAAGCAACAGUGAAAAGCAUGUGACUUUUGAAAACCAUUGCAUACUUUCACCUAAAAAUGUUGAUUUGAAAAAUACCUCUCCUGAGUGUGGUGAUCGUGGCUCAGAGGAUGACCAGGAGAGCUUCAGACCUUCCACUUCACCACUGAGUCAUUCUUCUCCUAGUGAAGUUUCUGGAACAAGUUUAUCAAGGUGUGCUUUAGAGUCCUUUGGUUCAACAACUCCUCAGAAGCCUCCCUGUGAGAGUGGGUUGUCCCAGGGGGCGUGUUCCCAUGCUGGUGUGAGCAGGCUGACUUACGUGUCUGAACAGGAGAGCAGCUAUCCUGCCACAGCCACAGAUUAUGGCCUGGAGGACUGCAAGAGUGAUAUCACCAGUGAAUUGAGCACUACAAUUAUUCGGGCCAGUCCAGUUCCGUCAGAAGAACAGGCUGUGGAAAAGUUGAGAGAAAAAGUUCCAUUUCAGAAUAGUGGAAAAGGAACAUUAUCAUCGAUUAUCCAGAACAAUUCUGAUGUGAAAAAAGUAGCUGAAACUACUUCUCUGUGUAGCAAACCUGAAGACAUAAAAUCUACCUUUAGAUCAUGUAAAGAUCCUUCCUCCAAAAAUGGAGAUCUGUUGGACACCAGUGAGGUAGAUUUGACAUCAAACCCUGAGGAAUUGGACCCAGUCAGACUGGCUCUCUUGAGCAAGGCAGGUCUGAGCCAUGAGGCUGGGUCAGCCACACCACAUCUCCCUGUGUCACACCAGGAGUCUGUGGACAAAGAGCAAAGAAUAACUUCUAAAGAUAUGUCAGCUGCCAGCAGUGAGUUCAGUGGCCAGGUUUCUCAUUGGACCACCUCUGGACACCAGUAUCCUCCUGCUCCCAGUGGCACGGUUCUUGGUUCUGCCACUGAGAUGCAGCGUGUGCCUGCCUCAGUGCCUACACUCCUGACUCGACACUCUCUCAGCACAGCGCCAUUUGCCCAGCAGUAUGUGGGAGCAGUCCCCUCAGCUGGGAGUGUUGCCUUGCCACAGUGCCAUGCUGGCGGUGCCAAUGUCUGUGGGUUCUCAGGAGGCUAUCCUUAUCCGGCUGUCACGGGAGAGCAUGUGCAAAACUCCGUGGCUGUUGGAAUUUGUGUAGGACCAAAUAUCGGCUCUGGGUUGACAGGUGCCUCUUCUCUUUGUAACCCAUAUCCUAAUGCUUUAAAUCAGAACCUACUAAAUACAGUGAAAGCUUUUCCUGUGCAAUCUGUUGGUGCAAAUUGUGGAAUUGAACCAUGGGAUUCAGGAAUGACAUCAGGAUUUGGGACUGUGAGAGUACCUGAAGAACUGAAGUUUCCUCAUGCUUGCUGUGUGGGCAUUGCUUCACAGACCCACCUCAGCGUGCUCAACCCAACUGACCGCUGGCUCCAGGUCAGCAUCGGGCUUCUCAGUGUUAGUGUUAACGGUGGAAAGGUGGAUCUUUCAACAUAUCGUUGUUUAGUUUUCAAGAAUAAAGUCAUCAUAAGACCUCAUGCCACAGAAGAGAUAAAAGUACUUUUUAUACCAUCCAAUCCUGGGGUUUUCAGAUGUACAUUCAGUGUUGCUUCCUGGCCGUGUUCUACAGAUGCUGAGACAAUAGUACAAGCAGAAGCUUUGGCAAGCACAGUCAUCCUCAGUGCUAUUGCUGAGAGCCCUGUAAUCGAGGUAGAAACAGAAAAGAAAGAUAUUCUUGAUUUUGGUGACUUGACUUAUGGAGGCUGGAAAGCUCUCCCACUGAAGUUGAUAAACAGGACGCAUGCCACUGUGCCUAUCAGACUGAUUAUUAAUGCUAAUGCUGUAGCCUGGCGCUGUUUCACAUUUUCCAAGGAACCCAUGCGUGCUUCUGUGGCAGCUGGUCCUUAUGCUGAUGUGGGGGCCCAGCUGGCAGGCCCUUCUGUGGCCAGUCACAUGAUGCCUGCCAGUUACGAUAGACAGGAUCCAGAAUUUCUGAUAAUUUGGGUUCUUUUCCAUAGUCCAAAGAAACGAAUCAGUUCUUCAGAGAUUCUAGACUCAGCAGAAGAAUUCUUGGCAAGAGUUGAUGUAGAAGUUGACAGCCCAAACCCCACACCAGUUCUUAGAAGUGUUGGUCUCCGAGCAAGAGCAGGAAUAGCUAGGAUACAUGCGCCUCGGGACUUACAGACUAUGCAUUUUUUGGCCAGUGUGGCUUCUUCAACAAAGCAACACUUACCUUUGAAAAAUGCUGGGAAUAUUGAAGUUUAUUUAGAUAUCAAGGUCCCAGAACAAGGAAGUCACUUUUCAGUGGACCCGGAGAAUCUAUUCCUUAAACCUGGAGAAGAACAUGAAGUUAUAGUUUCAUUUACUCCAAAGGAUCCCAAACCCCAUGAGGAAAGGAUCUUGAAAAUAUUUGUGCAGCCAUUUGGACCUCAGUAUGAAGUGGUGUUAAAAGGUGAAGUAGUUUCUUCAGGAAGUAAACCUCUGCCACCUGGAUCUUGCUGUUCAGAUAUUCCAUCGAUUUUGUCCAACAAACAGUUUCUGGCUUGGGGAGGUGUUCCUCUUGGUAGAACACAGCUUCAGAAACUAGCUUUAAGAAAUGAUUCUAUAUCUACAACCCAACAUCUACGACUGCUUAUUAGAGGACAAGAUCAGGACUGCUUUCAGCUCCAGAACACUUUUGGUUCUGAAGAGCGAUUGACCAGUAACUGUGAGAUCAGAAUUCACCCAAAAGAAGAUAUCAUCAUCUCUGUAUUAUUUGCACCUACUCGAUUAUCUUGUAUGUUGGCUAAACUAGAAAUCAAACAACUUGGAAAUCAGUCACAACCAGGCAUUAAGUUCACAAUACCUUUGUCUGGAUAUGGAGGAACAAGUAAUCUUAUUUUAGAAGAUGUUAAAAAAUUAUCUGACAGUUACAUGGUAACAGCAAAUGACUUAAUACCUGGCAAUGAAAGUAGAAUUGUUUUUUCUGUCCGCAACACUGGCUCUCGAGCAGCUUUCGUUAAAGCAGUAGGUUUUAAGGAUUCUCAGAAAAAGGUUUUGCUGGAUCCUAAAAUAUUGAGGAUUAUUCCAGAUAAAUUUGUGCUCAAGGAAAGAACACAAGAAGAUGUUACUUUAAUAUAUAAUCCAUCAGACAGAGAGAGCAAUUAUAAAACUGCAACAGAACUGUCAACUAUAUACUUCUUUGGUGGAGAUGAAAUCUCAAGACAGCAGUAUCGAAGAGCCCUGUUGCAUAAACCAGGGAUUAUAAAGCAGAUACUUCCAGAACAUAGUGUGCUGCAAAACAUUAAUUUUGCUGAAGCAUUUCAAGAUGAGCUACUAGUAACUGAAGUGUAUGAUCUUCCCCAACGGCCUAAUGAUGUUCAGCUUUUUUAUGGAAACAUGUGUAAAAUUAUUCUUUCCGUAAUCGGAGAAUUCAGAGACUGCAUUUCUAGCAGAGAAUUUCUUCAGUCUUCUUCCAAAGCUAAUUUGGAAUCUAAAAGUGACUCAGGAACUUCUGGAAAACAUAGUGGCAAUGUCUCUUUGGAUGUUUUACCAGUUAGAGGUCCUCAAGGUUCACUUCUCUCAUCAGCUGCUCACCCACCUCAGGAUAAAUCAGCCUCUGGAGAGAUGUGGACCGUCCAGCCUGAACACCUGAUUUUGGUAGCUCCUUCUCCUAGCGACAUGGCAAAAACUGCAUGUUUCCAGAUUAUAAAUAAUUCUGCUAGGUUACUGAAAUUUGAGCUGUGCUGGCCAGCACAUUGUCUUACGGUCACACCACAACAUGGAUUUGUUGCACCAGAGACUAAACUACAAAUUCUUGUGAGUCCUAAUUCCUCCUUAUCCACAAAACAGUCAGUGUUCCCAUGGAGUGGUUUGAUUUAUGUACACUGUGACAACGGACAGAAGAAAAUUGUAAAAGUUCAAGUUCGAGAAGAUCUGACUCAAAAAGAACUUUUAACUCGUUUGGCCUCUAAACCUUUUGGAAUUCUUCCCCCAAUAUCUGAGCCUUCAGUUAGUCAUUUGGCAAAACCAAUGGCAAAACCACCUUCCACAAAAGUUGAAAUAAGAAACAAGACUAUUACUUUUCCUACAACGGAACCUGGUAAAACUUCAGAGAACUAUCUGGAACUCGAGAAUCAUGGCACCACUGCCGCCAAGUGGCAUCUGUCGUCUCUAGCUCCACCUUACGUCAAGGGAGUGGAUGAAAGUGGAGAUGUUUUUAGAGCUACCUAUGCAGCUUUCAGAUGUUCUCCUAUUUCUGGUAUACUGGAAAGCCAUGGAAUCCAAAAGGUCUCCAUCACAUUUUUGCCCAGAGAUAGAGGGAAUUAUGCCCAGUUUUGGGACGUUGAAUGUCACCCUCUUAAAGAGCCUCACAUAAAACACACAUUGAGAUUUCAACUCUCUGGACAAAGCACCAAAGCAGAAAAUGAGCCUGAAAAUGCAUGCAUUUCCACAGAUUCUCUCAUUAAAAUAGAUAAUUUAGUUAAGCCCCGAAGACAAGCUGUGUCAGAGGCUUCUGCUCUUAUACCUGAGCAGCUCAAUGUGACCCACCGCGGAGUUUAUGCCCCAGAAGAUGUGUAUAGGUUUCUGCCAACUAGAGUUGGGGAAUCAAGGACACUGAAAGUCAAUUUGCGAAAUAAUUCUUUUAUAACACACUCGCUGAAGUUUUUAAGUCCCAGAGAGCCAUUCUACGUCAAACAUUCCAAAUACUCUUUGAGAGCCCAGCACUACAUCAACAUGCCAGUGCAGUUCAAACCCAAGUCGGUGGGCAGAUUCGAAGCUUUGCUUGUCGUUCAAACAGACGAAGGCAAGAGUGUUGCUAUUCGACUAAUUGGUGAAGCUCUUGGAAAAAAUUAACUAGAAUACAUUUUUUGUAAAGUAAAUUACAUAAGUUAUAUUUUGGUAACUUCAUUUUUCUACACUACAGUGAUGCUUUUUGUAUAUAUUUUGUAUGAUAAAUUGGGUAUGUAUAACUGUAGAUUUUUUGUUUUUAGAAACUAAUACUGAAGACUUGAUUAAAAUAUCAUGUAUCUAGCCUACAGUAUUUUACUUUUAUAGGAGAGAAUUCUAUUUUUGCAUUGAUUAUGAUAUUCUGAAUAAAUAUGACAUAUUUUAA